AUGUCUGAGCACCUCCUGUCGACUUCUUACAAGUCUUCCCCAGUCGUCGCAACAGAGGAGUGUCUUCCACCGCGAUAUGGCCGACGACGGGGAUUGUCGUAUUUCCUCAGUCACAACUGGACUGUCACUCUAUCAUUCAACACUGGCCUUGUCCUUGUCGGCGCCGUCUUUGUCUUCACUAAUUGGUUGAGCAAACAGACUGUUCAAUGUCCGGACUGGGCCAUCAACUGUACCGUCUCUAAACGUGUCGAUUUCCUAACCAGCAAUUUCGGGACGGUACAGGGUAUCGUAACUACCAUAUACUCUAUUGCACUCGCAGCGUUGGCUUUCUCUGCACACGCCUUGUCGGAAUCAGCACUCUGGCCACUGCUCACCAAACAUCAACUUAGCAUCGCUCAGAUGGACACGUACCUUGCUGCUAGCCGUGGCUCGAUAGCAUCAUCUCCAUUUGCUCUAUUUACAGUACGCAACGUCGAUUCAAUCAUCGUCGUUCUCAGUACUGUAGUCGUCACAUUGGUACCUUUGUCCGCUGCUCCAGUCGUGGGUCAGGUCUACAACAUGCGCAACGUCUCAGUGGAUUUCCAGAGCCAAGCACAGCCUGGUGGCGGUAUUGGUCCCGUGUUUGUUCAAACAAAUCCGUCGGGAUCUUCAAGAGAAAGUUCUGCAUCACUCUACACAUCAUGGCAAUACAAGCUUUCCCAGGAACCAAUGCCAGAAUAUAGGGAGUGGUUCAUCGAUCGCAUAGCAUUCUCAAGCCGGGGUAACUUUUCAGCAGAAGCCGUCAGAGUUCAACAAGACAUAGACUGCAGAAGUUGGGAGGCUUUCCCAACAAAGAAAUCUGGGGACUUUCUGUUGUUCGAUACAAACAUGACUGCUAGCAGUGGUAUGACCGGGAAGGCUAGAAAGUCUAAGCAUAAUCGACAUCAAAAUCUUGUGGAGGUGCGCGACUCAGCAAGACUCGCUGUCUGGGUGCACGACUACACCUUCGACUCUUCCACCAAAACCACUGCCACGAUCAUCUUUGCAGCGCUGAACGGAACCAUAGAUGGGGGCAAAACAACUUUCGACAUGCCAGACAAGGCUAGUGUAGUCAAUGUCUCAAGUGUCGCGUGCAGCAUUGCUGUCGAGUUGGUUGAAGACACGCUCGUAGUUGGCGACAGUCAUAUGACACCCGUCCAGAUCAACACCUUGGACAAGUUAAGACUGCCUCUAUCAGUAGACGAGCCCAAUCGCUUCAACGAACUCGCCUUGUGGUUUGCGGUCGCCCCGGUCGCAAACGGAGCGACAGCAUAUGGGGCACAGCCGUUGUAUCAAUACAAGAAAGACUGGAUUCCAGAACGCUUCACUACGACAACGGGCGGAGAAAAUAACGAUGACUGGACGACUGAAUACAUAGAAAAUUUUGUCAGAAUAUCUAUCGGCGCGGCUUUGCUCGGCGAAGUUACCAAAUGGCCCUGGCCGGUAGAGAACCCCGUCAAGAUUCCGUUCACCUCGAGAGUAUUCGUCAGUAAAAUGGACCCCAGGUUCCCUAUAUCUUUUUUGAUCCCGCCGUGGAUCAUCAUCCUGGCUGGUGCAUUGUUGAUGGGAUGGAAUGUUAAGAUGCAUCGGAACAUGGUGAUCCCGAUUAUGCGUACCGCCACCUUGAGUGAGGUGCUCAAAAGCAGUCAGACAACACAUGUGCUUUCAUUAGCAGCACUAGAUAGGUCGGAUCCGACGACGACAUCGAGAAUGGAUACGCUCAAGGUGCAAUUCAAGAAAGGCGACGAUGGUGUUUGGGGAUUGCACGACCCGAAGGCUUCGAAGGAGUAUAGCGGCUUCGAUUAA